AUGGCUGGUGGGUCAGCUGCGAAAAAGCUUAUCCAAAUUGAUAUCAUUUCAGAUACUGUAUGCCCUUGGUGCUUUGUGGGCAAGAAAAAUCUUGACAAAGCUUUAGAGGCAUCUCGUGAUCGAUACGACUUUGAGGUUAGAUGGCAUCCAUUUCAACUUAAUCCUAAUGCCCCUAAAGAAGGUGUUGAUAAGAAGAGGUAUUAUGAGGAAAAAUUUGGGUCUGGCAUGUCUGGACGGAUGGAGUCUCGGAUGUCAGAGAUUUUCAGAGGCCAUGGCCUGGAAUAUAACCUGUCUGGACUCACGGGGAAUACUCUAGAUAGCCACAGGCUUAUAUAUUUUGCUGGGCUUCAGGGUCAUGAGAAGCAACAUGAGCUUGUGGGUGAGCUAUUUCUUGGAUACUUCACACAGGAAAAAUACAUUGGGGACAGGGAAUUUCUUUUGGAAAGUGCUAGAAAGAUUGGAGUAGAAGGGGCGGCAGAGUUUCUUGAAGACCCCAACAAUGGACUCAAUGAGGUCAAUGAAGAGCUCAAGAAGUACACGAAAGACAUAAAUGGAGUCCCACAUUUUCUGAUUAAUAAUGGGAAGCAGGAACUAAGUGGCGGUCAACCGCCUGAGGUGUUCUUGAGAGCUUUUGAAGCAGCCACAAAGUGA